CCGCAGGAGGAGGUGUUAAACAAAGAAGCGAGUUCGCUCAAGUUGUAUCACCCUGACCCGGGACCCUGCUCCUGAUCGCUGCAAGAAGCCAGAAGUCAAAGGGAGCCCAGAGAUGUCGUUCGCCAGCAUCUGCCCAUUGGAUGCUGUGACUUUGGUACUUCUCUGCCCUCUCAUAGUGUUGCUUCUCGCUUAUUUUCACACCGGGUCUAAAUCUCAUGGAGCGUUCAACUUUCCCCCGGGACCCACUCCUCUUCCGAUCAUCGGGAACCUGCACCUCCUGGAUCUGAAGAAGCCCCACCAAAGUCUCAUGGAGCUCUCUGAGAAAUAUGGUCCAAUCUACAGCAUCAAGCUUGGAACUAUGAAGGCUGUGGUCCUUACUGGCUAUGAGACGGUGAAGGAUGCUCUUAUCAACCAUGCAGAUGAGUUUGGAGAAAGAGCUCGCAUACCAAUAUUUGAAGACCUAACAAAGGGUCAUGGCAUCCUUUUUGGCCAUGGGGAAUCUUGGAAGCAGAUGCGAAGGUUCACCUUAUCCACCCUACGUGACUUUGGAAUGGGCAAGAAAACUAUUGAAGAUAAAAUCAUUGAAGAAUCCCAUUUCCUGAUAAAAAUAUUUGAAUCCUAUAAAGGCCAAGAAUUUAAUCCAACCAUCCAGUUAAAUGCUGCUGUGGCCAAUAUAAUCUGCUGUAUAGUUUUUGGCGAUAGAUUUGAUUACAAUGAUGAAAGCUUCAUCACUUUGGUAAAGAGAGUGAAUGAAAAUGUUCAGCUUGCUGGUUAUCCAAUGGUUCAGCUUUACAAUGCAUUCCCAAUACUGGCAUUUCUUCCUGGUUCACACAAGAAAAUGUUAAAAAAUGCAGCAUUAAAUAGUGGGUUUGUCAAAAGCUUUUUAAAAGAAAGUUAUCGGAAACUGGAUGCAAAUGAUCCGAAGAGCUUUAUUGAUGUCUUCAUGUUAAAACAGCAGCAGCAAUCAGGUAAUCCAAAUACACAGUUCCACGAGAACAACCUGAUAUUCACAGUAACCAACCUGUUUGGUGCUGGGAUGGAGACGACUUCGACCACACUUCGUUGGGCUAUGCUGUUGAUGAUGAAGUACCCCCAGGUUCAGGAACAAGUCCAUGAGGAAAUCACCGGAGUUAUUGGAUCAGAGCGGUUUCCCAGAACUGAAGAUCGGAAAAAUUUGCCAUACACCAAUGCAGUGAUCCACGAAAUCCAGAGGAUUGGUAACGUUGUGCCACUGAACCUCCUGCACUCAACAUCAGUGGACUUAAACUUCAAAGGAUAUUUCCUCCCCAAGGACACAACAGUGAUCCCCUUGCUAACCUCAGUGCUUUAUGAUAAAACUCAAUGGGAAAACCCAAAUGAGUUUAACCCUUCCAACUUUCUGGAUGCCAAUGGGAAGUUUGUGAAGAGAAAUGCCUUUAUUCCUUUUUCCAUAGGACGCAGGGCCUGUGUUGGGGAGAUCCUGGCCACGAUGGAGCUCUUCCUGUUCUUCACCAUUCUGAUACAAAAGUUCAGGUUUCAAGUUCCCCCGAAUGUUAGCGAGCUGGAGCUUGUGCCUGGCAUGGGCUUCACUUUGUUCCCAAAGUACCAACACGUGUGUGCUUUCCUUAGCUUGUUUGUUACAGAUACAGUCACACUAAUCCUUUUUUCACUUCUGACUGUGUUUUGUCUGAUAUAUUUUCAUACUGGAUGUAAACCCUCAUCUGCUUACAAGCUGCCCCCUGGUCCAACCCCUCUGCCUUUGAUUGGGAACCUGCACACACUGGACCUGAAGAUGCUGUACAGAAGUCUUACAGAGUUAUCUGCGCAGUAUGGACCUGUAUUUACCAUUCAGUUGGGACUGGAGAAAGCAGUGGUCCUCACAGGCUACAAAGCAGUGAAAGAAGCGCUUGUGGAUCAGGCAGAUGAGUUUGCAGAGAGAGCAAAGAUCCCCGUGUUGGAAAUGCUGGCAAACGGUUACGGGAUUUCUUUUGGACAUGGGGAAUCUUGGAGACAAAUGCGAAGAUUUACUUUAACGACAUUACGCAAUUUUGGAAUGGGCAAGAAGACUAUUGAGGACAAGAUUACUGAGGAAGCCAAGUACCUGGUGCAAGAGAUGGAAUCUCACCAAGACCGACCGUUUGAUACCACCAUGCCUGUUACAUCUGCCAUGGCCAACAUCAUCUGCUCUAUAGUUUUUGGAGAACGAUUUGACUACAAGGACGAAGUGUUUCUCACCAUAACAAAACUGAUACGUGAAAAUUUUAAUCUGCUUGGAUCUUCCAGAGUCCAGAUGUACAACGCUUUUCCUUUCCUUGGCUUUCUACCUGGAACUCACAAGAAGAUCUUUCAAAAUCGAACACAAAUUGUUCGGCUCAUCCUGAAUUUUUACAGAGAGCAUCAGAAAACUCUGAGUGAGAAUGACAUAGGGAGCUUGAUUGAUGCUUUCUUGGUAAAACGAGAAGAGGAAUCAAAUAAUUCUAAUUCCUAUUUCCAUGACAACAACUUGGUGACUUCAGUAACCAACCUGUUUGCUGCUGGAACAGACACCUCCUCUUCAACACUGCGCUGGGCCAUUCUUCUGAUGAUGAAGUACCCGGAAAUUCAGAGAAAUGUACAAGAAGAAAUCGAUAGAGUUAUUGGAACAGACAGGACACCCCGGAUGGGAGAUCGGAAGGAAAUGCCAUAUGCUGAUGCAGUAUUGCAUGAGAUCCAGAGAUUUGCCAACAUCAUCCCAAUGAAUAUUCCACAUGCAACAACCAAGGAUACUCUCUUCAGAGGGUUUUUCAUUCCAAAGGGAAUGCAGGUAAUUCCCCUGCUAUCUUCUGUCCUCCUUGAUAAGACUCAAUGGGAAACACCAAAUUACUUCAACCCCUCUCACUUUCUGGAUGCUGAGGGGAGGUUUGUGAAGAGAGAUGCCUUCAUGCCUUUCUCAGCAGGACGGCGGAUAUGCAUUGGAGAAAGCCUAGCCAAGAUGGAGCUGUUUCUCUUUUUCACGACCUUGUUGCAGAGAUUUUCCUUCCACGCCCUACCAGGAACCUGCUUGGAUCUCACGCCAUCUGUCGGUCUUACCUUGUGUCCAAAGCCUCACUUAGUGUGUGCCAGACUCCGCUAGCGAACAUGGCUCACGGGGAGGUGGAUGGACAGGCGGCAGGAACCGAAGAUGGACCUCCUGGCCACACGGGAAGAAACACUUGAGACCAUUCCGCUUUAAUCUUCUUUGAACCCUUUUGCUUCUUAAUUGUAAAAAUGUAAUAAAUGAAAUAGACCAACUCUUGGAAAUUAUGACAUUAAAUCUUCAGAAAUCUU